AUGCCCUACGACGACGAAGUCCACGAUGCCGUUCGCAAUGCGCAACCAGCGCAGCAGCCACCUCACCGCUCGCACGACCCCUCAAACAACAUGAAGCGGUCCGACCCCUUCAAAUUUGGAUCGCGGUACCUCGAGCAAGGCGACGAUAUCUUCGAGUUCAACGCCUGGGACCACGUCGAGCCAGAUGACGAGUUCAAAGCCUUCGCCGAGACCCAGUACGAAAAGCAGCGUGCGGCGCCUGUUUCCGAGUUCGAUCAGACCCGCUUCAACAAUGACCCCGCCAAGUGGUGGAAUAAUUUCUACAAGAAUAAUACGGCCAAUUUCUUCAAGGAUCGCAAGUGGCUGCGUCAGGAAUUUCCUGUUCUGGCCGAUGUGACUCAGAAAGAGGCUGGGCCUAAGGUCGUUCUCGAAGUUGGCGCUGGUGCGGGAAAUACCGCUUUUCCUUUGAUCAGGCAUAAUGAGAAUGAAUAUUUGAAGGUGCAUGCUUGUGAUUUCUCCAAGUAUGCGGUUCAGGUCAUGCGGGAGAGUGAGGAGUACAAUACGAAAUACAUGGUCGCCGACGUUUGGGAUGUCGCUGCAGAGCCCACCGAGAGCGAGGAUUCCUUGCCCCCCGGUUUGGGCGAGGGCUCUGUCGACGUGGUGGUUCUCAUUUUCAUUUUCUCCGCCCUGAACCCGGAUCAGUGGAACCGCGCACUUCGCAACAUCUGGCGUGUCCUCAAGCCAGGUGGUUGUGUCCUGUUCCGUGACUACGGCCGUGGAGAUUUGGCCCAGGUGCGCUUCAAGAAGGGCAGAUACAUGUCUGAGAAUUUCUAUAUCCGUGGUGACGGUACUCGCGUCUACUUCUUUGAUAUGGAAGAGCUGCGACAGAUUUGGAGUCAUUGGACUCCGGAGAAGGGCGUACAGGUUGAUCUCGAAACUGAGCCUGAGGCUGUGGCUGCGGACCCUGCUGCGCCGUUCGAAGUCAAGCACUUGGGUGUUGACCGCCGACUUAUCGUCAACCGUCAGACUAAGCUGAAGAUGUACCGCUGCUGGAUGCAGGCCAACUUUCAAAAACGCGAUGAUACUGCUACGACAGAGCCCCGUACCGAGAACGGCGUUGAGAACGGCCAGUGA